GUGGAGCUGCUCGCAGUCUUGUUGUCAAUUUGAGGAUUUUGUUGGGAUUUUGCUUCCUGGACCGCCUAAAAUCCCUGGAAUUCCAUCUCCAUCUAGUUUCUGUGCUGAAUCUCCUGCUAAGUGCCCCAUUGUGCUUCUCCGCAGCUCAUCCGCCAUGUCCUACCUCACGAAUUUCACCAACGAAACGGGGAAGUCGAUUCUCAUGGACAUCCUGAAGAGUGUGAAUCAGGCGGAGAAUUCCCAGCGCAUCACGGAAGCCAAGGCUGUGGCCGGGAAGGAGAUGAUAGCGAUGAUGCAGUUCGUCUUCCCCAUAGUCAUGCAGAUCCAGAUUGACGUGAUCAAGAACUACGGCUUCGCGGCGAACCGGGAAGGAUUAGUGCAGUUCUCACAGCUAAUCCGCGAGAUUGAGGAUCCGGACAUCUCGAAGCUGCGGUCGCAAAUUAGAUCGAUUUACUUGCCACCAAUAGCAAUUAACACUACCAACGAUAUACUCAUCUGAAACGCCGGAGAGGAAAAUUUCCCACAGACUGGACGCACUUUUGUAUUAAGAUUUUGAUAUAAUUCCGGGAAAGUCACUGCAAUUGAGAAACUGCCAUUUGUACGUACACCAAAAUUAAUUUUUGUAUUUAUUGAAUAAAUAUUGACGAAGCAAGGAGAAGAAU